AGGAAGCUCGCCCGAGCUUAGCCGGAAAGAGGAAGGUUAGACUAUGCAAUACCCUCAGAAAAUCAGGAGAUUGACAAUCUCUGCGCUUCUGAGAAUUACAGUUGAGAUUACAGACAUCCUGCCAGAAUGCUUUCUUCAAAGCCCAGACUUGUCGUACCCUAUGGCCUCAAGACUCUACUCGAGGGAGUUAGCAGAGCUGUUCUCAAAACCAAACCAUCAAACAUCACCCAGUUUGCAGCGAUUUAUUUUAAAGAACUUAUUGUAUUUAGAGAAGGGAAUAAUUCUCUGGAUAUAAAAGAUCUGGUUAAACAAUUUCAUCAGCUUAAAGUAGAGAAGUGGUCAGAAGGAGUGACACAGGAGAAGAAAUCAGAACCAGAACGAACACCUGUAGUUUCCCAAGAACCUACACGGAUGGAAAAAUCCACGGACACAGAGGAGGAUAAUAUAUCUGCACCACAGUUUAGCAACAAGACCACCCAGUUUCCAUCAAUUAAUACUGAGUGCCCACAGACUGAGGGGACAAGCGAAGCAGUUCGUGGUCCUUCUUCCAAACCAGUCACCCCCAAGACUACCACUCCACCCUCAUCACCAUCUCCAGCAGCUGUCUCAGCAGAGUUUGCCUAUGUCCCAGCUGACCCAGCUCAGUUUGCCACUCAGAUGUUAGGUAAUGUUUCAUCUAUUCAUUCUGAUCAAUCUGAAAUUUUAAUGGUGGACGUGGCAACAAGUAUGCCUGUUCUUAACAAGGUACUGAAGUCAGAGAWUGCUGAAGAAGUCGUGGGGACUGCUCCUCCGGAGUGUUCUGGAGAGCCAGUACAGGUAGAUGAGGACUAUGAGGCUGAACUACCAACGGCUUUCUCAAUCCCCUUGCAGGCUGAACAACAUCCUCCUGCUUAUGAUCAAGCUCCUAAGGUCCCUUUGCAGGCUGAUGAUCGGGUUACAACAGCCCUUCGUAUAUCAUCUAUAUAUAACAAUCAGCCUGUCGCUGAAGGAAUUAUCUAUGUUGAGCAAAUACCAGAACAUAUAGUUAUCCCUUUUACUGAUCAAGUUGCUUGUCUGAAAGGAAAUGGGCAAUUACCAUCAGUUAGUCCCAAACCUGUGCAGUUGAAGGAGGAUGAAAAUUUUGACUCCUCAAUAAAUAUGGAGGCAGAAGCUACCUUUCUGCUCUCCGACAGCUAUUUGGAAGGUUACCCUAAGGGACCUGCAGAAUCCCUGGAUGCAGAGGGCUUUAUCAAAAUAGGCACUGAACAAUCUCUGCAUGUUGAAGUGGAGAUCACUUCCAGAGACUUUGGGCAGCAGACGUCACUGGAGAACUUGCCCUCGGGGUACACUGCAGAAGUGUAAGGAAUCUAGUGGCCCCUUCCCUCGUAUUCCAGAAGGUCUUACUCAGCCAGAAACCRAACUCGAGGGGGAAGCAGUACCUGAACAGGUUUGAUGA